AUGAUGACUCCCUCACUUUCGGGGCUACCAUCUCUGAAGUCUGGCGCCGAUAAGCUCACUUGGAUAACUGUUCCCUACCGUCGGCGCAUGGAGCUGGAUGACGAUGAGAGUAGCGCCGAUUCUGUACCCAGCCCGAGCGAAGAUCGCGACUCCGAAAUGUCACUCGAUGAGAGUCUUUCCGAAGACGACAGCAAUGGGGCGUCGGGGGCCAAUCUGAACGGAAGCCAUCCCAAGGAAGUUGGGUUACCGAAAGGUCAGCCGAUACACAGCCCCGCCUUAGAUGAGAAUUCAGACGCUCGCAGAAUGGACACCGACUCCGAUAAAGAAAACAUUCCCCUGGACUUAUAUGUCAUCCAGAAGCGAAUUCGACAACGUAAGAAGAGGAGGAACCCACUUGUCUUGCUUGACUCUGAAGAUGAAUGA